CUGCGGGGCUGGGCGGACGCCUGCCUGGUGGGGAUCGCGGCCCCGGGGGCGUCUCCCGCGCCCGCCCUCCCUGCCUCCCCGCGCCCCGAGAGCCGGCGGCCGGGCCCCAGGUGAGGCGCAGGGACCGAAUCCAGCCCACGCCCACUAAAGGUUGGCUGGAGAGGGGCCUUCUGGUGCCUGCCCCUUCGGACCGGGCUCUUCCUGGCAUGCAGACCCUGGCCUCCCCCGACCCUGGGAGGUAAGAACACAAGCUGAACCCAUUUGGGGGAUAAGUGAAUGGGGCGUUUCUGGAAGUUUGAGUGUUAGAAGAGGGUUUGAGCUUGACAGUGUUCUCUGCCGGCCUGGGUGUCUAGAGUGAGGAUGCUCCGGUUCCCUCCUCCUCUUCCCAGUCUUGAGGUGCACCCUGGCGAUCAGAUCUUGGGGACCACAAGUGCAGGGAGAAACUUUGAGAACCCUGGUCUGCUGGCUUCAGACACACUUCUGUCUCAGUACAGUUCUGGGGAGUUUCCAGGGUGACUCCUCUCCUCUUUGAUUGUUUUAACCCACAGGCUAUCUCUGGAGUGUCUUGAUUAUUAUUUUUUUCAACCUCAUUCUUGAACUACAUGGUCGAACAACUCAGAAAUCUGCUCACUAGAAGUCCACUUAGAAGGUGUACAGGAGGUUCCUGGGGACAGGAUGAUCUCCCCUAGAAAGCUUUGCAUGUGGCAUAAAAGACACCUUGGUGCAGGAUUCUACUCCUCCUUGAGCCCACUGUUGAAGGGAAUAUUGCUGUUUAAGGAAUUUACUUCUUGGUUUAGACCCAUCACAGCCUGAGGCUCAAGGGAAUGUUUUGUAAUUUCUGUAAUUUUGCCCUGGCAGUUUGAGUAAUGCCCACAGCACGGUGGACACAGGGUUCCCUCGCCUGUGAAAGAGCCCACCCCAUCCUGUUGGUCCCCAUGGGCAUCUUUGAGGCAGUGUGGAGAUCAGAUGGGAAGAUUGAGGCCUGAUUGCCCUCGGAGAAGAAAGAGGGCAUGGAAGCAUGCUCACACACUGCAGGAAAAGUAAAAACACCUGAGGUUAAGUUCUUUACCCGGAGAAGUACCGUGGAAGGUGGGAGGUGAAUCCUGUGGAACUCCUGAUUGCUUGUGCCCUUGUCAGUGAAUAAAGCCAAGGGGCGCCAGUCAUUUGGGGCUUGAUGUUGAAGGGAGAGAUGAGCUCCCUGGCCUCCCGGGUUUUAACUUCUUUCUGUGCCUCUUUAGUUUCCCUCUUCGUCACCUCUUGGUCAGGUUCAGGCUCCUAGGGUGGUUCCUACAAGAAAGGUGACGUUAUGGGGAAAAUGGGGCUGUAAGACAUACCAAAUCUGAGAAAUGGUAGCUGACUGACUCCCUCCCCCAGCACCUCAGCUGCAGACCCAGAAGAGUUGUGAAUGCGCUGUGACUAAAGUACAUUGCUCCAUCUCAGGUAGUCGAAAACCUGUUUAAAAGCUGGCAGAGGAUGCUUUGGAAGCGAGGAGCGGAGCAGCCAAGCCCUCACCCCUAAAGCCUGUUGGAAUGUGAGCCUGGCCUGGAAGAGAAUAGCAAGAGCACUGGUCUCGUCAGGAAUGAAGCUGCCCAUGAAGUCGCACUUACCCUGGAUUUGCUAAGAGCUGUUCUUUUUCACGUGCAGAGAAGCGUCUGCAGACUCUAUCCAGUUGGCUCCUCCCGAUAGCCCUUGGAGGGUAUAAAGGCGGCUGGAAGAUAAAGCAGUGCUUCCCUGUGCGCCUGCCCCGUCCGCUAGGAUGUUUCUCAUGAAUGCCCCUCCAGUGGUCACGCUGCAGUCCAGAUGGGAGGCCUUCAGCCCGCCGGGGAGCUUUAGGUUUCCUGGGUGCUUCUCGGAGUCCAAAGAGGACGUUGCCAGAGCCUCGGUGAGUGCCAAGGUGCAGAUGAUCAUCAGCACCCUGCAGCAGCACAACGAGGUGCCCCUGGGCAUGAGCGCUGAGCGCCCUGCACAGAGAAGCCAGAAGGCAGAGAGGUGCCUCAACACCAGGCCGGCCACCAGCCCUUCCACGUGCAGAGAGCAGCCCCCUGCCUUUGCUGCCUGUGGCCUUGCUGCCCGCUCUGACCCCCCAGGGGAGGGAGAGGCUGCAGGCUUUGGCCCCCUGGUGCUGGACUCGGACAGCGAUGAUUCCGUGGACCGGGACAUCGAGGAGGCCAUCCAGGAGUACCUGAAGGCCAGGAGCGGAGGCACGCAGCCUGGAUCGGGGGGUGCCCCGCCCGACAGGGUCUCAGCUGGGGGCGGCAGGUGCAAACUGGAGCUUCCCCACAGCAGCACCCCACCUGCCCUGGGUCCCCCCAAACUUGCCCCUGUCUCAGGCAGUGUCUCUGGCAGCUCUGUGGGGGCUGGGGAGGACCAGGGCUCCGCCUCCCCUGUCAGCGUGAGCAGUGAGGACUCCUUUGAACAGAGCAUCCGGGUGGAGAUUGAACAGUUUCUGCAUGAGAAAAGACAACAUGAAAACCCCAAAUGUGACGCAUUCAUGGAUAAAAGGCCAGACCCAAAUGAAGACAUAGCCAGAGCAACACUGAAAUCCAACAAAGAGCCCCCCAUCAAGGCGGCCCCUCGUCAGGAUCUGAGGGGAACCUUGAAGGAGUUUGUUUUCCGCAAGCCUCCCCGAGUAGCGAAGAUGAGCUUGCAGCCCAGGAGCCUCAGGCCUAAGGUCAGCCCAGAGCCAGAGACCGUGGGCAGCAUGAGGCUGGCUGUCCCCAAGCCAGAGGCAGCACAGAGUAAAGGUGGGGUGCAGAGGAGCACAGGUGCUGGGCGGAGGGGCUGGCAGGUGAGGAGCCCAGCCCUGGUACAUGAGGCAUCAGACUCCAGCAGUGAUGAUGGCAUUGAGGAGGCCAUUCAGCUGUACCAGCUGGAAAAGACCCGGAAAGAGACCAGUGGGGAUGCACUGCCGAGAACCCAGCUCAGAGAGGAGGUGUUGCCCGGGCCUCCCGCCAGCGGCACAAGCAGUGCUAUGAAAAGUGCCUUGUCCGAGGCCCACCGGAGGGCACCAAGCAGGAAGAAGCCAGUGGCCCUGAAAGCUGCAGACCCUGGCCCGGGGGUCCUGGACCCGGACCCCUCCUUCAAGCUCGUGAAGGACGCCAAGGCCUCCGCACCUCCAGUAAACACCAGCACCAGGGCUGAGAGUGCAGAACGGGUGUCGUGCCGGGCAGAUUCAUCCACCGAGCUGAUGUGCGCCGAAGCAAUCCUAGACAUUUCCAAAACCAUCCUGCCGGCCCCUGUGGAGGACAGCAACGGGCCUCCCUCUGCCAGUCCACACUUGUGCUCCCCAGAUGUGCCUUCCCGCUCCGACGGUGACAGCAGCUCCGUGGACAGCGAUGACAGCAUCGAGCAGGAAAUCCGCACGUUUCUGGCCCUCAAGGCCCAGUCUGAGAGUGUGCUGGCCAGUGCCGAAAGCUGCCCGCAGCCCACGCAGGGCCUGCUGCUGCUGCCUGGCCCCAGCAGCCAGGCCAGUGAUCCCAAGGCCCCUCCGUCUAAUAAAACACCGGAACCGUCGCUGAGCUGUAAAAGGAAACGGAGAGGUGGCAGCAACCCCACAAGGCCAUCCAUACCCAAGAAAACGAGGGAGGUGAGAGAAAGCACCCAGGAUGGUGACCGCAGCCAGGGCAGGGCUCAGCCUGGCCAGAACGUGCGGGACCCACCCAGCCAGAGGGAAGCUGGCGAGGUGCCAGGAAAGGGUGAGGCCAGAGCCCAACCCGUGUCCCCCAGGACGGUCGGGCUCAGCGAUGCGGUCCUGUCUCAAGGCCCCAGGGCCACUGGGAAGGCAGAAGAGGGGCAGAGUGUGGAUGAGAAGGGGAGUUCAGAGGACAAGAGCAGCUCACUGGACAGCGACGAGGACCUCGACACAGCCAUCAGGGACCUGCUACGAUCCAAGCGGAAGCUCAAGAAGAAGAGCAGGGAUCCCCGGGCCGCCUGCAAGAAGAAAGUCCGGUUCAGCACCACCGAGACUCGGUUCCUGGAUCGACUGGGGGGCCUCCCCGGACACUGGAAAGACAGAGGCCCACGGGUGCUGCGGAGCUGCCUGUCCAAGUCCAGCUGGAACAGCAGGGCCGGCCCGGGGAGGAGACCACCGGGCGUCCUGGGCAGCUCAGCGGAGAUUAUAAAGCCAGCCAGCCUGGGGGACGAGGAUGCGGCCCUGGCCUUUCUGCAGAGGAGGGCCCCAGAGGGGACUCUGUCCUCCAGGGAGAUGGGAGCCCGCGACUCUGCCUGCCCGGCCCGCAGCCCCAGCUCCCUGUCUGAGGACAGUUCAGUGGACAGUGACGACAGCAUCGAACUGGAGAUUCGGAAGUUUUUGGCAGAAAAGGCCAAGGAGUCAGUGAGCAUUUCUGAAAUUCAAGGAGUGGCCCCCACUGAGCUCAGAACAGGGGCCCCAGCCAGGCCGGAGGUGCUGUGCAGGAAAGAGGUGCUCCCAGCCCUGCAUCACGGGAUGUGCACACGCAGCCAGAGGGCCAGGGAGGCCCCCCAGCCUGCGGAAGGAGCGGGGGUGCAGGGCACAGCCAGCCUCUUCGUUCCAGGACGGAAGGGUGCCCCCCAUGACGAGCACGCCCCCGGAGGCCCUGCUGCCCUGGGCAGAUGUGAGCCCGCGCUGCCCAAGAGCACCAGCAGGACUGUCUCCACCAAAGCUUCCCCCACAAGUCGGAGAAAUCUUUAUGCUCACAAAGACCAGAGCCCUCGAGGGGCGGAGCCUGCGGCUGCAGAAAGUGUGUUCAGUCAGCUGCCCAGCUGUGCCAGAGCAUCGGCUGAUGCUGGAAGUGCCAGGGGAAGUUUUCACGUGAACCGUGGCAGCCAGAGCUUGCUGACCCCCAGCCCAGGACCCCAGGUUGACCUCUCUCUCCCCUGGAGUGACCUCGCCCACCAGAGCAGGCUGCCCAGCCCAUGGGCACUGAACUCAGACACUCGAGGCUCAGCAUGGACGGGGCCCCUCGGGGCUGAGAGAGAAAGGGCAGCUGAGCCGCAGGCCAGGGGCCCACCAGGCCUCUCCUCCGACCCCAGGAAGGGCCCGGCCUUUCCGGGCUUCUCUUCCCUGCUGUCCACCCAGCUUUUUCACUUCGGGAAGAGCGUUCCCUGGGGCGGCACACAGCCUGGGCUCUUCAGUGCCCCGCUGGGCCUGCCUCUGCAGGGACCCUCCUUCUCCGCCUUCAGGGAGACCCCCGCUGGCCACAGCCCCGUGUUUGGAAGCCCGCACCUGCUCACGAAGAAGGGUGGCAGCCACUGGCCCAGUAGGAAGGCCCAGGCCAGGCUUGGUUUGCAGAACAGGAAGAACUCAGGCUCGGAGGAGAACAUUUUGGACCUGAGGUAUCAACGCAGGGUCAUCGACAGGGACAACGAGGACCAGGAGGCCUUGGGCAGUGAUACUUCUGUGGAGGACGGCGGUGGCACCUCCGUGGUGAAGGGCAGAGGCCUCACGUUGUGAUGGGUGUCCUGGUUCCAGUCACAUUGGGGCAGCAGUGUGCGUGCAUGCGUGCGUGUGUGCUAUUCGAAGUCACGGAGGGAAAACUGGAGUCCUUUAUAUAUAGAUAGCCCUAUACAUAUGUACACUAUCAUGAAAUGGAUGUUUUUAUUUAACAGAUGUGUCCCAGUAUAUAUGGUUUUUGCGGCUUUUUGUAAGUUAUUUAAAGUGCUGUAAAAAUAUUUUUUGAAAAAUACUGUCGUUCGUUAUCGUAACUGCGGUUUUCUGUGUUGGGCAUACAAGUUCUAGAUGAGCAAACUUUUGGUGGUUAUGUCACCGCGAGGGCCAGAGACAACCUGGUCCUUGUGGGCAGAUUGCUCGUGGAACCUACCCUGGAAGGUGGCAGGUGCCCUGUCCAGAAGCAGGGAGGUGGAUGCCCGAGGUGCCCAUCGGGAAGCUCCUAAGACGGCACUGAAGGACACCCAAGGGCCUGCAGCCAGCGCCCUUCCCCUGAAAACUGCAGUCACAACCUUGGAAAGCACAAUGGCCAGUGAGCCCACUGCCUGUGUCUCUACCGUGUGGGAAUCGGCGGAGAUCCCAGUGGCACUCGCUCUGUAGCUGGGCCCACAGCCCGAGCUGGUCUUCAGUGUCCGGCUCAUCCAGUCACUGGAUGACUUCAGCAUCCCAAUAAACCUCUCUCCCCGAGACCCCCGUUUGUCUUUUCAGUUGAGGUUCUGAAAGGUAACAGCACACGUGCAUCGUAACAGUCCUGUCCUCAUUUUGUGCCCAUGAGUGAGUAAGCACAGCUGCUGGGCGCUCGGUCCCCACUUGGCCACUGCUGACGGAAAGCCCAGUACUGAGGACGAGCCUCCCCAGGACCCCGGCCUAGCUGGGGGCCAGGCUUUCUGUGGCUGCCUCCUUGGGGCAGGCCCAGAAGGGCCCUUGCAGCCCCCAGGAGAGGUUGGAGUGCUGGCCCUUGUCUUUGGUGUUAAGGUCUCUGACUUCCUGGCCUUCCAUUCUGGCCACUGAUGGUCACAACCUCUACUUUGUGAUUGUCACUCACCCUUGUUGCAUUCCUUGUUGGGAGUUUAGCUGAGGUGCUGUCUACUUUGUAACUGAAUUUGGUCAGUGGUCUCAGACGGGAGUGGGUUUUCUAGCCCUGUGCACCCCGGGGGAUUCAUUUCUCUGCCCAAACAUGGACCCACACCCCCUGCUGUCCAAGUGCGCACCUGCUGGGUUGGAGGUGUGCGGAGCAGGACCUGCUGUUCCUUUCUGUCCUGAGCCGUCUCGAUGUACUUGUGACAGCUUCGUUGUGGCAUAUUUGUUCACUUAAGUGCUUCUGGGGGAAAAAAGAUGGUUCCAUGUAAUCCAUGCUGUAACUUUAAUUUUUUAAAGAGUGCUUUUAACCCUUGCCAAAAAAAAAGCUUGUUUUGUAUAUAAGAACUGUUUUUUUAAAAAAUGAAUAAAUCCAGCACUCCCCACAAAUCA